AUGUUAUUCUUGAGACUUAUUAGCGGUGCUCUUCUGUUGCGUGCAGCCAAUAUCUGGACUGGUGGCGUCAUGGCAAGCAGCGGGAAACUCUGCAGCAGUGCAAGGAUGAAGUACUUAUCGCAAUCGGAGGCGGCAGCGCUGGAUCAAGAGUUGUUCAAUGAAUACAAGUUCAGCGUUGAUCAGUUGAUGGAACUGGCUGGUUUGAGCGUUGCUACAGCUGUAGCGAGGGCCUAUCCUCCUUCCUUAUAUGGCUCAGCCCUUAUUGUAUGUGGACCAGGCAAUAAUGGAGGGGAUGGCUUAGUGGCUGCUAGACACAUGGUUCUUUUUGGGUAUUCUGUGGCAGUAUAUUACCCGAAACAUACACCUAAACCACUUUAUGAAAACUUGCUAGAACAAUGUAAAAGGUUUGGUGUUAAAAUUGUAGAUGAUCUACCACACCCGAAUGAUUUGAAGAACGAAUAUAAACUGCUGGUAGAUGCAUUAUUUGGUUUUAGCUUUAAACCACCAGUUAGAGAAGAAUUAAGGCCAGCUUUAGAUGCCUUGAUAGAUGGUGCUUUACCUGUUUGCAGUGUGGACAUACCUAGUGGAUGGGAUGUUGAAAAAGGACCAGGAUCAGACCGUGCCCUGAAACCUGCAAUGCUCAUAUCCCUCUCAGCCCCAAAGCUUUGUGCAAAACCAGAGAUAUUAGAUAAUGCUAAGCAUUUUCUUGGGGGCAGAUUUCUGCCACCAGGCAUAGUUUCCAAGUAUAAUUUGACCCUGCCAUCUUACCCUGAUCAAGACCAAGUGGUGCAACUUUCAUGCUAAAAUGGUUUGGAAUCAUAAUUUCUAGAUAUUCUUGGACAUAGUCCUAUUAUCAUGUAGUCUGAAACUAAGCAAGCAAAGCUUGUACUAUUUGGGCAUCAGGCUUAGAGGUUUUAUUAAUCUAAGGCAUCAGGCAUUGCCAAACAAAGGGAAAUAAAAAAAAUCUUGAAAUGUGCACUAGUUUUCUGCAUUUUGUUUCAAGUUGGGGAUUA